AUGGACUUAGUGACUGUCAAGCUAAUCCUGGUGCUCUCCAAGCGAUGGAACGUUCCCGCACGUCAUGGGGAUGUUCCGAACGCCUACGUUAAGGCAGAAAAGGAGGAGCAUCUGGAUAUCUUCAUGAAGGUUCCAAAAGGCAUACAAAUCACUAAGGAGGAACUUCAAGGUUUCGGUGUGGAAUCUCCUGGUGAGGUCGCGCUGCUGUUGAAGAAAUCGUUGUACGGACUAAAGCAAGCGGGACGACUCUGGAGCAAGCUCUUACACUCCAAGCUGACCGAGAAUGGCUACAAGCAGUGCACGACAGACAUGUGUCUAUACUACAAGCACCAAGGUCAAGAAUGGACCAUCGUCGGAGUAUACGUGGACGAACUUCUGGUCACGGGAACCAAGCAGUGCGCGGUUGAUGAGUUCUUCGCGGGCAUGGAGACACUAUCGAUCAAGGAUCUCGGCGUCGUUCAGAAGUUUCUGGGACUCAGGAUCUCUUUGGAUGAAACUCAAGGAUAUAUUCUGGACCAAGAGGUCAUGAUCGACGUGUUGCUUAGGGAUUUCUGGUUGGAGUCAGCGAACGGUGUGCGAACGCCAAUCGGAGAUGAUUGCAAUGAUGAUAACAAGGAUGAUGUGGACUAUCUACCCGCGAAAGGUGCAAGCGGUGAGCCAAGUUUGAGUGCCUUUCAAUCAUUGGUCGGGAGUCUGCUAUGGAUCGCAAGAUGCACGCGGCCCGACAUAUGUUUUGCAGUGCAUAAGGCAACUCGUCAAACACACAAGCCAACCACCAAGGACUGGAAGAUUGCGAAACGCAUUGCAAGAUACUUGAAGGCGACAAAGAACUUGAGGUUGCACCUGAACGGCAACGGACCGACUCAACAAAAUAAGCAGUCAGGUGUGUCGCUGAGCACUAUGGAGGCGGAGUUCAUAUCCUCAUCCCAGGCAGGACGCGAACUGCUGGGUGUGAGGGAACUACUGCUGGAGCUAAAGCUGCAGGUAUGCAUUCCGAUGCCUAUGUGGAUGGAUAAUCAAGCGGCGAUCAAGCAACUCGAGGGAGAGAAGAGCACAACGAGCGCGAAGCACGUGGACAUCAGGUUUAAAUUCAUCUGCCACUACGCGCGUGAAGGAAUUGUGGUGCCCAAGUACGUCAAGACUGAGAGCAUGAUGGCGGACAUUCUGACGAAGUCCUUGCCAGCGCCGAGAAUGGAGGAGCUACGCAAGAUGUUUAACUUGAGGACGAUUCAGGCUGAAGUCGAGGAGGAGUGUUAG